AUGAUAGCGAUUUUUGAGGCUUACAAAUUCCAUCUAUCUAUCUAUCUAUCUAUCUAUCUAUCUAUCUAUCUAUCUAUGCCAACUUAUUAUUUAUUAUGUAUCUAUGCCAAUUCGUUCAUUAUCUGUCUAUUUAUCAAGAGAUCUAUCUAUGCCAAUUUUUUAUCUAACUUCAUUUGUUUAUUAUCUAAAUUCAUUUGUUUAUUAUUUAUCUAUCUAUGCCAAUUUAUUAUUUAUUAUCUAUCUAUGCCUAAUCUUUCAUUAUCUAUUUAUCGAUCAAUCUACCUAUCUAUCUAUACCAAUUUUUUUAUCUAUCUAUCUAUCUAUCUAUCUAUCUAUCUAUCUAUCUAUCUAUCUAUCUAUUUUCAUUUGUCCAUCAUUUUUCUAUCUAUCUAUCUAUUUUCAUUUGUCCAUCAUCUUUCUUUCUUUCUUUCUUUCUUUCUUUCUUUCUUUCUUUCUUUCUAUCUAUCUAUCUAUCUAUCUAUAUAUAUAUUUAUAUCUAUCUAUCUAUCUAUCUAUCUAUCUAUCUAUCUAUCUAUCUAUGCCUAUUUGUUAUUAUAUAUAUAUGCCCAUUUGUUCAUUAUCUAUCUAUUAUUUCAUAAUUCUCAUGUUAAAUGGUUUCUGCAAGUAUGA